UUUGUUGUUGACAACUGUCAGCUCUGACCUCCUGUUCCUCACAACCUCUGUCUAAAUGGAGUUUGUAAUCCUCCUUCCCACCCACCCUCUUCCCUCCCUGGGGCAAGAAUGUUGACUCCUGCUCUCUGUCACCUGUCAGAAUCCAUCUUCCUGUCAGUGGCUUAUAUGGACAAGUCAGUCCACUGUCACGUGACCACAGGCUGCUAAAAACAGCUCCAAGCGCCCACUCUGAACCAGGGCCUGAAGCAAUGUCUUCCACCGAGAGAAGCAUAAAGGACACUUGAUCACACAGUCUUUGGAAUUAUUUCCAGGAAACACCUACAGAAGCCAUCCGGAGCACUCUUUCCCUGGCAGUGGACUCAGGACGGCCAGGAGAUGAGCGCAUCUUUGAAUUACAAGUCUUUUUCCAAAGAGCAACAGACUAUGGAUAACUUGGAGAAACAACUCAUCUGUCCCAUCUGCCUAGAGAUGUUCACAAAACCUGUGGUCAUUCUCCCUUGUCAGCAUAACCUGUGUAGGAAAUGUGCCAGUGAUAUUUUCCAGGCCUCUAACCCGUACUUGCCCACAAGAGGAGGCACCACUGUGGCCUCGGGGGGCCGAUUCCGCUGCCCAUCUUGUAGACAUGAAGUGGUUUUGGACAGACAUGGGGUAUAUGGACUUCAGAGGAACCUGCUCGUGGAAAAUAUCAUUGACAUCUACAAGCAGGAGUCCACAAGGCCAGAAAAGAAGUCGGACCAGCCGGUGUGCGAGGAGCACGAGGAGGAGCGCAUCAACAUCUACUGUCUGAACUGCGAGGUGCCCACCUGCUCUCUGUGCAAGGUGUUCGGGGCGCACAAGGACUGCCAGGUGGCUCCCCUCACUCACGUGUUCCAGAGGCAGAAGUCUGAGCUCAGCAAUGGCAUCGCGGUCCUCGUAGGAAGCAAUGAUCGAGUCCAGGGAGUGAUCAGUGAGCUGGAAGACACCUGUAAAAUUAUUGAGGAAUGUUGCAGAAAACAGAAGCAGGAGCUGUGUGAGAAGUUUGAUUACCUAUAUGGCAUUCUGGAGGAGAGGAAGAAUGAAAUGACCCAAGUCAUCACACGAACACAGGAGGAGAAACUGGAACAUGUCCGUGCUCUUAUCAAGAAGUAUUCUGAUCAUUUGGAGAAUGUGACGAAGUUGGUGGAGUCAGGAAUCCAAUUCAUGGAUGAACCAGAAAUGGCGGUGUUUCUGCAGAAUGCCAAAACCCUGUUACAAAAAAUCUCUGAAGCAUCAAAGGCAUUUCAGAUGGAGAAAAUAGAACAUGGCUAUGAGAACAUGAACCACUUCACAGUCAACCUCAAUAGAGAAGAAAAAAUAAUACGUGAAAUUGAUUUUUACAGAGAAGAGGAAGAGGAAGAAGAAGAAGGAGGAGAAGGAGAAAGAGAAGAAGGAGAGGAGGAAGGGGAAGUAGAAGUGGAAGAGGUAGAGAAUGGUCCAACAGUGGCUCCAGGAGAAGAUGCAAGUCUGGGGAGAGCCUUGGAGCCCUCUCAGCUGUCCUCGGAGCUGCAGGCUGCCACGGGGGCACUUCCAGCUUCCUCUCCAGAGCCACCUCCAGCCCUGCCACCUGCUGCAGACGCCCCAGUGACGCAGGGGGAGGUUGUGCCCACUGGCUCUCAGCAGACCACAGAGUCUGAAACUCCAGUCCUUGCAGCAGCGGACACCGCGGAUCCUUUGUUUUACCCUAGUUGGUAUAAAGGCCAAACUCGGAAAGCCACCACCAACCCACCUUGCACCCCAGGGAGCGAAGUUCUGGGGCAAAUAGGGCCUCCGGGUUCUGAGGAUUCCAAUGUGCAGAACGCAGAAGUGGCAGGAGCUGCGUCCCAGGAGAGGGCAGCAGUGAGUGGUAAGGAAACUAGUGCGCCUGCAGCUACUUCUCAGGAGUUAGCCAUCUGCCUAGCACUUUUGGCUUUUCUUGUACUUCACUACAUCUGGAGUCAGAUUCAGUGCUUGAUUUUUACUUUAAUGGAUUGGAUUUGAAACCCCUCCCCUCCAGGGACAGGCUGCAGCUUCUGGGAGUGGGAAUGGAGCUGACUCUGAGCCAGCUCGCCAUGUCUUCUCCUUUUCCUGGUUGAACUCCCUAAAUGAAUGACAUUCAUUCCAACUGCUGCUGCUGUGCCUGCCCGGCUGAGAUGCGCACAGGCAGCGGGGAACCUAGGUGGAUUACUAUGAUACAGAUAAUGAAAGGGACCGCUGAACAGGAUUUCUGCAGGAAAAAAAACAACAACAACAACUGUAAUUCCAGAUGACUUAUCAAACACAUUGGGGAAAAAGAAUACUCUGAGAAAAUAGUUGCAGAAAACACUGGAAAAAAGAAACUUGAUCUUUUUCAAAUCUUUUAUUGUGUGGGAAACAUGAAGGCUAUGUAGGUGUGGUACAUGUGUGUGUCAUAAAAAGUAGCAAGUGUUGAAAAAAGUGGGCACUACACUUUCGUCCUAACAGGCACCGGCUUUUGUUAUUAUAUCAUAGUAGCUCUUAUGUACCUUCUCCUCUUUAAUAAUGCAGGUGGUCAGUGAAAUUCAGUGUCCAUUCGGACGGGACUGAUUUAGCAAUAUAUAGACAAAAGGUAAAUCAUUGACCAAAGCUAUGAAAUGGUUCACAAAGGUUUCCUCUUUUUCCAUAAUAGAUGUCAUGGGAUAGUAAAUCCAGAAAUGUUCUUUGAAUCCGGUGACACUUUCACAGUCCAGAGGCUGACAGCCUAGGACAUCUCUUAUAACAUCUUCCUAAUCUUAGUUUUAGGUAACAUUAGGCACUUUAAUUUAAAAAGGCCUUUCAGCGGGAACUGUCUGCUUUCUCAUGUGUCUACUGUGGCACCAAUCUGGUAAAUUAUAGAAAAAGUGCAUGUAUUUAAAUAUAUGUACACACAUAUCACACAUUAAAAUAUAUAGAGAUGUAUUUUAAACCGUGUUUUAUUUGUCUCACCUUAAUACCCCCUUCAGAAUAUAAGUGUAACUUUACUGUUUAUGAACUCUUUAAUAAAUGCUGUUUUUAAAAA